ACUACCUGCUAGGUAGAGCGAGCCAGAAUUGAUGGAGUAUCACCUGCUGUUUCUCUCUCCCUUCCACUCUCUCUUAAAAAAUCAAUGGAAAAAGUAUCCUCGGAUGAGAAUUAACAACAACAAAAAUCACCUUUAAAAACAUGACUAAGAAGACUGUUCCAAUAGGGUAAUGAACUGCAUACAUCUCCAGCCCCCUCAUGGACUCAGGACAUUGUGUCCCAGUAGCUGCUUCUAUCCCUUUUUACCCAUCCAAAAUUCUAGUCAAAAUAUUCACUUAGGGAGAUUGUAAAGUUACCUUUGAUGUAUGAAGUAGCAAUAUUUUUUCCAGCUCUUCCAUAAACGUUAGUCCUUCUUCCUAUUUUCUACCAAAACAAACAAAAAACAAAAAAAGGAAAAAGAAAGAAACAAAACCCCAAGAGUUCUAGUCCUUUUUAAUCUAUUUCCAGAGCUAUUUGGAUACCACAUUUUGUCUCUUGAGUUUUCCCAGUCUAGUGGUGGGCUCUUUUCCACUUCCCACUAAGCCUUGCAAUCUCACCUGGUGGCCUUAUUAGAUAGGGCUUGGGAGUGAAAGGGGAAGAGCCCAGGAUCUGACUGGCUGACUCCUCCCCUCCCCACUCCAUCCUUCUUCAGUCUAAUCAUCAGGUCAGGCAGGAAAGCUUGUUCCAUCAGGUUAAUGGAGUGACUCUUUAUAUUGUACAAGAGUUGACUGACCAAAGCAUGCCUAUUCCUUUUGGUCAGCUUUCCGCUUCUGCCUCUCCCUCUUCGUUCUCCUGUCCACAUGAAUGCCUCUCUCUUCCACGGCUGGUUCAGAUGCAGCCCAGGGAGGCUGUCCCUCACUUUCCCCCAUCUCAGCCUCACACAUCUGUCUUCUUCCCUGAGCUAGGGUCUUGUAUUCACACGUGUCCCACGCCCUCUGGAUCUACCUUCUUUCUCUCAGCAGGCUCGUAGCCUGGCCACUAGGCCUCUCUUCAGCUCUCUUCUGCUUUUGGCCCCCUGGAUGCAGUGCUUCUCCAUAGGCCAACCCCCAGGACUCAGGCAUCAUAGCCAGGGCCCUGCGAGGGUUUUCUGAGUACAAGGUUGGAUUUGGGGGGGGAGCGGGGACAGGUGAAGUACUGAGCUCAGCAGAAGAGCCCUGCUUGUUGAAAGGUCUAGCCUGCCUGGGAAAUUGGUGACUAUUGCUCUCAGCCAUUCUUACUUUGAAGAGUUGGGUUACAGAGGAAGAAAUUCAUCCCUCUGCUCUCUCUUUCUUCCCCAUGAAGACUUCUCAUCUUCCUUUGGCUCUGAACUAUGCAAUUUCUACCAGGGCCACAGGAAGCAAUCCAAAGCCAGGGGCCUGUGGAUAGGUAUGUCAGCUUUAGUAGCUCUUCAGUAUGAAACCCUUCCAAUUGUCCCAGAGCCGCCACCUGCCAUCUGCCAAAGCCAAGAAUGUCCUUUUCUCCAUCUCUCUACCUCCAUCUUAAACGUACAUGCAGGUAACUUCCAGCUUCCUUUGUUAUUUUGUCUUCCAAAAUUGGCUGGCCUAGGGGAACGAGGAAAUGUUCUCAGCUACAAGAUUGCCAUCUCCUCAGAGUGAUAAACUGGUGAGCCAGUCAGGUGACAUGUUCCACUGCAUUGUUUUUAAUUUCCCCUUUCAGAGCUGGUGCUGAACAAGCCACACCUGGUGAAGAGAAAGGAGAGAAACGUGGUUUUCUCAUCCUCUACCACCCGGGACCCAACAGGAACAGCCCCUGAGGUGACUCAGAUUAGCAAAUGGCAAGGCAGAUGGUCAGGAUGCAGGUUUCCGCCUCCGGGGACUCCACUCGCCUGUAACAUUCACAGCCAUAACUCGUGCUCAGGGCUCUCAGACGCUGCUCCCCGGGCUCUUCUGCUUUCGUUUCGUUUCAGUUUUUUAUUCUAUUGAUUUCCCUCCAUCAGCCUUGCCCUUAAGCUUGACUGAGUUUAUGGCUCCUAAGGAGCCUUCAUAAGACCCUUCACUAUUUUCUUCGCCCCUCGGUCAAGUCUGUUUCAAGUGAAGAAUCUCACACAGGCCUUGCCUCGCUGCUGGGCGCUGGAGGAGGCUGUCCUGCCCAUCUGCCCCUGAGUAGGAUGGCUCAUUUACGUAGAGGGUGUCAGUUCGUUUCUUAACCCCAUGUCUAAUUCUCAUUUUCAUCAGUGGGGAGUUAGCACUGGGGACCUAAACGAGGGGCAUUGACAGAACCUCAGUAGAAAAGCAGCAGUGACUUGAGGAAGGGGCAGGACGAGCCUCCAGACCGCUCUUCAGUUGGUCCUCGGUCUCACUGAGAAGACAGAGCUUACCGUGAGCCUCUUAUAUUAAGGGGAAUGUCAUCGACCUGGUCCUCGCUGCCAGCCGUGUGGCUGCUCUCUGUGCCCUUUGCCUUCCAGACUGUUCUGCACCAGAACCAAACAUCAUGGAGGGUGUUAUUUAGCCCUUCUUUAGGCCUGCCAGGGAGCCCAGGGAAGACACUUCUGACAGGAGCUGGGGUAUGGACCCUAGGACUCUUCCAACUGAACACAGGACUCGGCCUCACUUCACUCCAAGACACAGCUGCUAGACAUGCAAGCCAUAAAGCAGGGGUGGGGAACCUCGGGCACGCAGGCCGUUUAAGGCCCGUGAAAUCAUUUGGUCUGGCCUUGGCAAGGCAUUGGGGUGAGUUAAUGAAAUGUUUAACCAAAUACAGACGGCUAAUUUUUAAGUUAAUAAUUUUGUAUGACCUUUGAAUAAUGUUAUAAAUAUCCAAACGGCCCUUGGCAGGAACAAGGUUCCCCACCCCUGCCCUAGAGAAAGGGGCCAGAACCAGGUCUGGUGUGCAGUCUGCCCCAUUUCCUGGAAAGCACGCUUAGACUUGGAAAGCCUGAGAAGCUUCCGCACAGCGAGGAGAGACAGAAGGAGGAGCUGCUUCACUUACUCUCUGCCUGUUGGUGGUGCGCCCCACAUCUGGCUUCCUUCAGCUCCUCCUCCUCUUGGCCCGAAGACUAGACCAUGUGCUCUCAGUGGUGGUAACAGGUGACCUCACCUUGUGGCCUUCCUAUGCCUGUUGUGCUGUUCUUGGCUCCUUUCCUGAUUCCCUGCCCUCGAGCACCACUCCUAGCCGGGGUGCUUAGUCAUAACCAGGCCUGUUUACAGCCCGCCCACCGAGCAGACACAGGAUUUCUCCUCUGGCUUCUGAGGCCCGUGUCCCACACUGAGAGGCUCCAUUAAAGGCUUGCACACAUGAAAGAAUGGAGAGAUGUUCUGUGAGACUUAAGAGGCAAACUAAGACCCCCUGGUGGAGGCCACAAGGAGACGGAAACCAGCUCAGUGCAAGGAUAAAUGCGAAGACUCAGGAGAUGGAGGAAGACACCGGACCCCGCACACCACAGGAUGCCGAGGCUCCUGCGUCACUCUUCCUCUCCCUGCUCCAGGCCAUGCAGAGACCCGGCCGGGGCCCAGCCUUCCCGUUUCAGCCCCAAAGGUUUGGCAGAAAUACCCAGGGCUCCAGGAGCAACGAACGGCUGAGUACCCGAGCUGAGGAGGGGCUGAGCUCCCCGUUCUGGAGUCUGGCUGCCCCUCAGCGCUUUGGGAAGAAGUGACAUGUCAUCCCUUGAUCCAUCUGCAUGCAAGGUCCACACCCAAAAGUGCCAUGUGUGCCCCCCCCAACCCCCCCAAAUAAAGCUGCCUGGCUUCUGAA